GGCUGCUGCGAGGAAGAGAGGCCCGGGCUCGGCGGUCUCUGCUGCUAUUGGCUGGGGGCGGCCCAGCACACGGCCGGGACAGCGCCGGGGAGCAGAGCCGCACAGGCUCGGGAAGGAUGGAGGGGGUGCGGCGUGUGGCUGCCGUGCUGCCGGCGGGAGGCAGCGGGGAGCGGCUGGGAGGCUGCAUGCCUAAGCAGUACUGCCCGGUGCUGGGGAGACCGCUCAUUAGUCGCACCCUGGAGGCCUUGGAGAGGGUUGGGUGGAUAUCGGACGUUGUGGUUGUCGUGGCUGCAGAGAGCGUUGACCUGAUGAAGAGUAUUACUCACCGUUACAGACACAAGAGCGUGACGCUGGUGGAAGGUGGCGUGACGAGACAUCGAUCCAUCUUCAAUGGCCUGAGAGCAUUUACAGAAGAUCACAGUCUUGGGCCUGUGCUUCAGAAACCGGAGGUGGUGAUUAUCCACGAUGCCGUGAGACCAUUUGUGGACGAGGAGACUCUGCUUCAAGUUACAAGUGCCGCCCGACAAUACGGUGCCGCUGGGGCAGUGCGACCUUUGGUGUCCACGGUUAUUGCCCCGUCCUCAGAUGGAUGCCUCGACCACUCCCUGGAACGAGCGAAGCACCGGGCCAGUGAAAUGCCGCAAGCCUUUCUCUUUGAUGUCAUCUAUCAGGCCUACCUUCAGUGCUCCGACUAUGACCUGGAUUUUGGCACUGAGUGCUUACAUUUGGCCUUGGCCUACGGUAAGAGAAGAGCUAAGCUCCUGGAAGCCCCUGACCUGUGGAAGGUGACCUAUAAACGAGAUUUAUAUGCAGCGGAAUCAAUCAUUAAGGAUCGCAUCUCUAAGCAUCUCUGUAUCAUCACCACUAUGAAGGAAGAGGCAGUACAGAUUGGCUUCCGUCUUCACGAAAACCUCAAAUCCCGCAUAAAGCACGUGAAGGCGAUUUCUUCAUCGAUGUGCCGCACCCCCCAGGAUCUACAGAACAUAUUUCAGGGGCAGUGCUACAACUAUGUGUGUAUAAAUGUGAAGGAUUCUGAUGUGGAAGAAUCUCGUAAACUUCUGGAAUUACUUCAAGCAGCUCACGCUGGUGCCUCCUAUCAGUCUGUAGUGGUGUCGGUUCACUUGGCUUUUCCUGAGAAAUGCGCCGGCGAAGUGCGGAAACUGAGCGAAAUCCGCGAAGUUGCAAAAAUAGCGCAGAAGUCGGAUAUAUUACUGUACGGCCUCCUGAUAAACUUCUCCAAGGAGGAGUCAGAGCUUGAAGAUGGCGUCCGUCAGGCCUCCGAGAUCAUCUCUGCUCUGAUCACGGACAGGAACCCUGCGCUCACUGGUCAAGUAAUGGUCGCGUGAAUAAAGUCUUGUGGAGGCACAAUGUUGUGACUGGAGCUUUAAAGGGCCACUCUGCUUAUUAUAGAGCAGCAAGGUUACAAGCCAAGCUGCUGAAGUCGCCAAAACACGCGCAUUGCCUUCUUGCACUAGUAAUGCAAACCCAUGUACAGAUGUAGCAGAGCUCAGUUUGUCAUUUGUUAUAAUGAGCUUUGAUAUCACAGUCGGUUCUGCUCACU